AUGGCCAUGAACUUUGUGACAUUCAACCAGGACUACAGCCACCUGGCUGUAGGCACCUCCCGAGGCUUUCGCAUCUUCACCACCGAUCCAUUUGCGAAGACCUUCGAUUCCCGAGAUGCCGGCAACGUUGCGAUCCUCGAGAUGCUCUUCUCGACCUCUCUCGUCGCUCUCAUCCUAUCGCCGAGGAGGCUCCAGAUCAAGAACACCAAAAGGGACCUGAUAAUAUGCGAACUCACCUUCCCCAACGCCGUGCUGUCGGUGAGGUUAAACAGGAAGAGACUGGUGAUUGUGCUGGAAGAUCAGAUCUACCUCUACGACAUACAGACCAUGAAACUGUUAUACACCAUCGAGACUUCUCCCAAUCCUGCUGCCAUCUGCGCACUGUCACCGUCUCAAGACAAUUGCUAUCUGGCAUACCCGCUUCCGCAAAAGGCUGUGGCCUCGUCGUUUGCCCCGCCGUCCCACGCACCACCCAACAGUACACAUAUUCCUCCCACGACCGGCGAAGUCCUGAUCUUUGACGCUAUCAAGCUAGAAGCUGUCAAUGUGGUAGAAGCGCACAAGUCACCCCUAUCAUGCGUGGCCUUCAACAACGAAGGGACCCUGCUGGCGACAGCCUCGGACAAGGGUACCAUCAUUCGAGUUUUCUCGGUCCCAGACGCACACAAGCUGUACCAAUUUAGGAGAGGGUCCAUGCCUUCAAGGAUAUUCAGCAUGGCCUUCAAUAUCACGUCCACUCUGUUAUGUGUCUCAUCGGCAACCGAGACCGUCCACAUAUUCAAGCUUGGACCUCCGUCCAAUAGAUUACCAGAAGAUGGCCAUGAACCAGCUUCACCCAGCAAAGCCAGCAGUGCAUCUACCAGAAGGCUCAGUCAAAGUAGCGACAUGCUGAUCGACCAACCGGGUGAUGAAGAGGACGGAGUCGAGUCCCCUACAGCUCUGGCGCAUCGAAAGCCAAAUGGGACCUUCAUGGGCUUGUUGCGGAGGACGUCUCAGCACGUAGGCAUCAAUCUGGCCUCCACAGUCGGCGGAUACCUUCCAAAGGGUGUCGCCGAGAUGUGGGAGCCCUCGAGAGAUUUCGCAUGGAUACGACUCCCCAAGUCGAGCUCAGGUGCGUCCCCUAGCCAACUACGCAGUGUGGUCGCCAUGAGUGCAAACUCGCCGCAAGUCAUGGUUGUCACCAACGAAGGCAACUUCUACGUCUUCACCAUCGAUUUGGCGACAGGGGGCGAAGGGACUCUGACCAAGCAGUAUUCGUGA